AUAAUGUGAGAAACAUUUUAUGACUUUUAUAAUAAUAAGUUAUUAAUGUGUGUAGUUAAUAACAUAGGUUAAUAUAUUUAAGAAGAUAGAUCGCUAGCAGCUACAAUGGACGAGAAAACUAGCAGGACCUCCAAGAUUGCAGCCGCAAUUCUUAUGGUUAUCAACUUAAUUAUAAUGAUAUUCUGCACCUUACUGUUCGCGUUCAGUCUAUGGAUGAUAGCCUCUCCAUCAUCACUCUCUACUGCAAUACAGUUCACCGGGAGCCCCACUGUCAUGGCGCUGCUAGAACCAGAAGUGUUGACAGUCCAACUUGGGGUUGCCAUAGCAGUGCUGGCCACAUUCCUCUUCUUUAUAUCUUUCAUGGGAUUCUAUGGGGCCCUUACCAAGUCACAGUUCUUGCUUUUUAUGUACGCAACACUGGUGCUGCUUCUACUCUUGCUAGAAUGUGCUCUGCUCUUCUACUUCUCUUCUGGUUUGAUGGAGAAAGGUGUUCGCAAAGAAGACGGCCAGUGGUCCCACGCCAUUCGACUCGCUUUGACAUGCUGUGAGCACAACAACACGUCUCCAGAAAUUGAUAGACCGCCUUGGUCCUGCUGUGGUCCAGGAGGGUACCCUAACAACUGCACUUCUAGUAAUAUUUACAAAAAGAACUGCCACGAAGCAAUAUCCUCGUGGCUGCAGAGGUACCAAACGGCAAUAUACGCGCUGCUGGCCGCAACUCACUUGAUACUGGCGUCCUGCUCUCUCAUACGGCGGCGCCGCAGUGCGUCCCGCUUCCUCAGCUAGCGGUCGCAGCGCCGCGUCGGCGGCGCGCCACCAGAUCGACCGGUUUCGCCAAGGAAGAGAUCGUGGCACUUAUCCCGAGUCUCCCCCGAGGGCGGUUCGGAUGACGUACUAAUGGUAGUGUUAGGUCGGGGGAGGUUGGGGUGGGUGGAACAAAAAUCAUAAGAGAUCUUAGUUCAAGGUGGACCGACGACCUCAUAAAGGUUGCGGGAAGGCGCUGGAUGCAGGCCGCUACCAACCGGGCAAUAUGCAAAUCAUUGGGGGAGGCCUAUGUAGGCCUGAGAUGAUGAUGGUGAUGGAUGAAGGGGAUUGAGUUGACUAUUUUCUGAUCUGAUCUUAUCAGGAAUCGAACUAGUUGCUAGUCAUUAUUUUUUAAUCUGAUAGGUGUAAAAUUAUGUAAAAAAUUAGCUUACAUAGUUCAAGCUCAAUGACAU